AUGUCUACUGCUACUCCUGAUAGUGAUACAAAGAAGAAGAUGAAGUACAUUGUGGUGACAGGCGGUGUCGUGAGUGGUCUCGGCAAGGGCAUUACGAUUUCGAGCAUGGGUCGGUUGUUGCAGGCAUGCGGCUACUCGGUGACGGCGCUCAAGAUUGAUCCCUACUUGAAUGUGGACGCCGGCACGAUGAGUCCAUUUGAACACGGCGAAGUCUUUGUCUUGGAAGAUGGCGGCGAAUCGGAUUUGGAUUUGGGCAAUUACGAACGCUUUCUCGGUAUUUCCUUGACGGCCGAUCACAAUUUGACCACUGGCAAAGUGUACUCGCGAGUCAUUGCCGCCGAACGACGCGGCGAUUAUUUGGGCAAGACGGUGCAAGUGGUGCCGCACAUUACCAAUGCCAUUCAAGAAUGGAUGGAACGAGUGGCGCAUAUUCCCGUCGAUCCCAAACAUCCCGGUCGCGUCGCCGAUAUUUGUCUGAUUGAAGUGGGAGGCACCGUGGGCGAUAUUGAAUCGUCCGUCUUUUUGGAAGCGCUGCGACAGUUCCAAUUCAAAGUGGGGCAUGACAAUUUCUGUUUGGCAUUUGUCUCGCUGGUGCCCUAUUUGGGAGAACAAAAAACCAAACCGACGCAACAUGGCGUCAAGGAUCUGCGAUCGUUGGGAUUGUCUCCCAGUGUCAUUUUUUGUCGUUCCAAACAACCACUGUUGGAAGCUACGCGCGACAAGAUUUCCAACUUUUGUCACGUUCCUCCCACGCAUGUACUGGGAGUCCACAAUGUGCAAAAUGUCUAUUUGGUACCCACGUUGUUGCAAGAACAAAACUUGCAUGCCAUUCUCCAAAAGCAGUUGAAUUUGGGGGCUACUUCUGCGCCUGAAUUGGGUGAUUGGGCCGACAUGGCACGCUCUCUCGAACAUUUUGAAGAAACCGUCGUCAUUGCACUCAUUGGCAAGUACACGGGCUUGCAGGAUUCCUAUCUAUCCGUCAUCAAGGCACUCAAGCAUGCAUCCAUUGCGCAGCGACUGAAUCUAGAACUACUCUGGGUCGAAGCGGCGCAUUUGGAAGAAAAUGACAGCGAUAAUGACAACGACAAGGAACAAUACAAUCAAGCAUGGGACAAGGUCAAACGCGCCCAAGGCAUUGUCGUGCCCGGUGGAUUUGGGGAUCGAGGAUUUCUCGGUAAAGUACUGACUGCCGAAUACUGUCGGACGCAUGCCACUCCAUUUUUGGGAAUUUGUUUGGGAUUUCAAGCCAUGGUCGUCGAGUACGGGCGGAACAUUUGCCACUGGGAGGAUGCCCAUUCCACCGAGUUGGAUGAAAAUACCAAACAUCCCGUUGUCAUGUUCAUGCCCGAAGUCGAUCCCACCACCAUGGGAGGCACUAUGCGAUUGGGAGGACGCGACACGAUUUUCAUGACGCGUCCCGAUACGAUUACUGACACGACACAAGAAGAAAAGAAAACGGCUCAUUUGCAUUACAGUCCCAAACACGCCGACUUUUCCAGUCAACUCCAGGGACUUUAUGGCAGUCUUCCCAAAAUAUCCGAACGGCAUCGUCAUCGAUACGAAGUCAAUCCACAGUACGUGCCCGAUUUGGAAGAUGCCGGACUUGUCUUUUGUGGAAGAGAUGAAACGGGAGAGCGCAUGGAAAUUGUUGAAUUGCCACUCGACGUGCAUCCUUACUAUGUGGGUACUCAGUUCCAUCCCGAAUUCAAAUCGAGACCCUUGCAUCCCAGUCCACCCUUUGUUGGACUCAUUCAAAAGGCUCAUGUCAACAAGAAGACGGAGACGACUGCCGAGUAA